GGAAGGAUUGUCUAUAAUCCUGGGUUAUUUUUCUCUAAUAUAAUUACUCAAAUAGCAGGGAUUUCACAUAAGUAAAAACAGGUCAGUGUGUGGAUUACUAGGUGAAAGUAGAGCAUUUCAAGUAAAGAAUAUAUAAAAUUGAACAAGAAAAAAGAGUACCAACUCUCACUUUGACAAUUUUUUGGUAAAGUUUCCAGUCUCCUUUCAAUCCUUGGUGGAACAGAAAGAGCUAGAAAAUAUCCUAAAGUGUCCUUACUUCUGAUGUGUAUACUGUUGAAUACAGAAUGGAAUUUGAGGAAUAUGAGUCUCUACUUCCUAGUAGUACUGUAGCUACUCAUAUGGUAGCUGGAGCUGCAGCUGGAAUUAUGGAGCAUUGCCUUAUAUAUCCAAUAGACUCUGUAAAAACUAGGAUGCAGAGUCUUCAACCAAAUCCAAAAGCCACAUACCAUUCAAUCUCAGAUGCUUUAUACAAGAUGGUCAAAUAUGAAGGUAUUUUCCGUCCUGUUCGUGGGAUGAGUGCUGUAGUUUCUGGAGCAGGUUUUGCCCAUGCUCUAUACUUUUCUUGCUAUGAAAAGAUGAAAAGGGUUUUCAGUGGUACUGAAACUGGAGCCCAUAGUCCCAUUUCUCAAGGUGCAGCAGGUUGCUUAGCAACAUUGCUACAUGAUACAGUGAUGACUCCUGCAGAUGUUAUCAAACAGAGAAUGCAGAUGUUCAACAGCCCAUACAAGAACGUCAUUGACUGUAUGAAAAGAAUAUGCCAAAAAGAAGGUGUGUGGACAUUCUAUCGUAGCUAUUCAACUCAACUAACUAUGAACAUUCCUUUUCAAAUCAUCCAUUUUCUCACCUACGAGUUCAUGCAAGAUUUAACAAAUGAUCAACGAACAUACGAUCCAAAAACACAUGUAGUGUCAGGAGCUGUUUCUGGAGCCUUUGCUGCUGCUGUGACAACCCCACUAGAUGUAUGUAAAACUUUACUGAACACUCAAGAACAUGAAACUCUUCAUAGGACCAAGCAAUCCUAUAUUAAUGGCUUAAUCAAUGCAACCAUGACUGUGUACAGAUUUCGUGGACUUAGAGGAUACUUUCAGGGUUUUCAAGCAAGAGUAGUUUCACAUGUACCAUCAACAGCAGUAGCAUGGUCAGUUUAUGAGUUUUUUAAGCAUAUGCUUAAACUCCAACAAAGCCUGAAAGACAAAACCCAUGAACCUUCAAAUCCAGUGCAUUUACAAGAAGACCUUUUAUGUACAGAUAUAACUCCAUCACGUAUAUGAUAGUUAGAAACUAAAUUGUUUGUAGCUUGUAGUGCUAAUGUAGCUUGUCACUAAAACCAACAACUGGUUAUUAAGAAAUUUAAUUUUCUAUGUUUCUAUAAAACAGCAUAAUUAUUCUUCUGUUCAAUGAAAAGCUACAGAUAUUUUUCAGCUGCUUAUGCCCAUUACUUUCAGUUGAGAAUCUUUCAUUUCUUAUAAACAUUAAAAAUAAAAGCAUUUUUAAAAAACAUACAAAGUAAAGACAUUCUUUAUAGAAACCCAUUUUUUAGGGAAAGUUUGUUUCAAAAUGUGCAAUGAAAUGGAUGGAAAUGUGUUUUUAUUAUAAGUUAAAAU